GCAAAAGAGAGAGAAUUAAAAAAGCAAAAAGCUUUGGGGAAAGCGAUCAAGCAGGACCAACAAGCAUGCUCUUCCACUUCUAAGACGAGUGAAAAGAAGAAUUUAAAGCUUUGGGAUUAGGAAGAUGAAAUGCAAAGGACCCAGAGACUCCAUCUGGCGAGAAGAAAAGGAUGGCUAGUCAAAUGACGAAAAUGUACCAUCCAAAUGCUGUAGAGAAGUCGUGGUAUGAGUGGUGGGAGAAAAUGGGGUUCUUCUUGGCAGAUGCUAACAGCUCCAAACCUCCAUUUGUGAUUGUGUUGCCACCCCCGAAUGUGACUGGUACCCUUCACAUAGGCCAUGCUCUUACUGCUGCUAUUGAGGACACUAUCAUUCGUUGGAGGAGAAUGUCCGGUUACAAUACGAUUUGGGUUCCUGGAAUGGAUCACGCCGGAAUAGCAACACAGCUCUCCCUCUCUCCCUCGUAAGCGUUUUGCCGCGCCGCC